AUGUCAGAAAAGUAUAGUGAGCUCCCUGACAUAGAUUAUCUGUCCCAAGAAGUAUUUGAGACUUCAGAUGUUCAAUCAAUCGAAUCCAAUUUUAAAGAAGUCGAAACACCUAGUCCGAAUCAAUCAUCAGAUAUAAUUGAAGAAGGCUUAAGCAAUGAGAAAGUUAGGGACGUGUUUACUGAUAAUAUUCUUGUAAGCGAGAUAAAUCUGGUUGACUUUCUGGGUGAUUUGGGAAGCACAAGCCUUGGUGGAAGAGGUUAUCGCCUAAACCAUAUAGUUGAAACAAGUGAUCAAAAAUUGUCAAGGAUAAAGAGAGAGUUAGAAGAACUACGAAUUAGUCAAAGAAAAGGUGAAUUGCAACCUAACGAGGAAAAUGAAACGAAUAAACUUAUGAGUAUGUUGGAAGAUUUAUCUUCCGGUCCAGAUAAGAGCCACCUGAAUGAAUACAAAGAUCGAAUAAAUGAACUUUUCAAGAGUUCCUCCAAAUAUAUGCACGAUAGAGACCCUAUUAAGGUAGAAAAAGAAUCAAUCACGCUGUCAAUUAAUCCUAACAUAUUGGAGUUGGAUAGGAGAAUAAAUUCAUUAGAGAAAACACUAGGAGCAGACGCUCUUCAGAAGUUUACAACAAGUACGGGUCCCAAUAUUCCACGAAGAACUAUUGAAAAUGAUCUACGUGACUUAAGACGGAAGGUUUCAAUUAUAACAAAUCCCCGGUUUCAGCUUGAUAGUGUUAAAGUUGAGAUAGAAUCUUUGAAAGGACAACUAGAGGAUAUCACGUCAAAAAAACAGCUAGCGGAGCUUACAACUACCAUGGCCUACAUCGGGAAUGACAAAAGAUCGAAUCCGCAUGAAGCUAAGGUCAAUGCCUUGUUCGAACGUUUGAAUGAAUUUGACAAAAUGAGCAAAAUGGUUCCUUUACUAAUAAAGCGCUUAAAAUCGCUUCAUGUUGUACACUCAGACUUGAGUAAUUGUAUACAAACCUCUAACGGGUUGGAACAGAUUCUCACUGACAUGAAAGGAGAAAUGAGAGAAUGGGACAACUCUUUGAACAAACUCAAUACUCAUUUAGAUCUGUAUGAAAAAAAUUUUGAUAUGAAUGAGAGCGUUAUUGAGAAAUGGGUCGCAGACCUUGAACAACGAAUUGCUAUAAAAGAAAGAGAUACUUCUCUGACCUUGCAUUGA